GGUCGUUCUCCUUCUCCGUGCUGUCUGGGAAGGUGAUGUUCCGUGACCUGGCUUACAUCACGGCCGACGGCACGCUGCGCGUGCAGGACGGCUUCGUCAUCUUCCGCUGGUGGCGGGUGUACGUGCCGAAGGCCGUGUCGGAAGACAUGUCCAGCCUGGACACGCGGCUGCUUGUGGUGCUGAACGGCCUCGAGGUGCACGUCUACAACCGCACCAGCACGUACGCCCGGCUGGAGCGGCUGUUCGGCCUGGACGAGCUGCUGCUCGGCGCGGACGAGGACGAGCGGAGCCGGGCGAGCCAGCCGCCGGAGAAGGGCGCCGCCGCCGACCGCUACAGCGGCUGGCGCGACCUGGUGCCCGUUAUCAAGGCGGACAUAUCGACGGGCCGGAUCGUGUUCGGCAACCGGCUGGUGCCCACCACGCUGAUCGUCUCCGUGGAGGAGGCCAAGUGCGUCUACUCCACCAAGCCGUCCGCUUCGCAGCUCGACCUCUUCAUGCACUUCGUCAAGAUGACCGCCGAGAACUUUAAGGUCAUCAUGGCGCCGUCGCGGAACUACACGGGUCGCCGGGACGACCCGCCGCGCUACAUGGGCGAGGGCUUCGUGGUGCUGCAGUCGAACGCCGUCAACAUCUACGGCUACGUGGACGAGCCGGGCUGGGUGCCCGACGCGCCCGAGACCGAGCGGCUGGCCAACGGUGACCUGUGCCAGUCGCCGCCGCCCGUCUGCGGCAUCGAGGUCAAGUGCGGCAAGGGAACGGACUUCAGCUACGGGCCGUGGGCGGACCGGCAGCGGGACUCGCUCUUCAGGUUCUUCUUCCCGACGUCGUUCGAGCGGCAGCGGCCGACGGAGCCGCCGCGGCCCGGCGACCGCCGCGCCCACCAGGCGCUGGACGUCCGCGUCAGCACGCUGGCCGAUGCCACCAUGGACAUCCUCUUCACCAAGAACCAGGAGACAAGCGCCAUCCACAUGAACCUGGGGCCGGGCUCCUACAUGGAGAUCACCGUGCCGUGGGUGGUGGGCGAGAACGGCUGUCACAACCGCGUCAUUGGCCAGCUGCUGCACCUGGACGCCACCACCAGUCUCACGUAUCGAAACCUCCUCGAGUGCGAAAGUCUGGAGUUCAGCAUCGCGAUGCACUACCCCAUCUACUGGAACGAGCCGUCCGACUGGACCUUCUCGCUGACGUUCUGCAAGGCCACAGCGUACUUUGUGUAUGCUCACAAGUACUUCUUGAAUGACCUGCUGGACGACUGGGGCAGCUCGGAGCCGCCCGACCUGCUGCGCUUCGUGCCGUGUACCUGGUGCUUCCAACUGCACUUUAAGCAGUUCGAGCUGAUCACGCUCACCAACGCCGGCAAUUGGAUCGACUGCUCGUCGCAGUCGCCGGAGAACGCGCACCUGGCCGUCUGCGGGGACGUCCUGGACCUGUCGUUCGACCUGCCGUUCACGGACUUCCUGCCGGAGACGGUGCCGUUCCUGUUCAAAAUCGAGGCCGAAUGUCUGGAGCUGGCCAUGUUCGUGCCGGAGGUGCGCGCCAGUCGAGCGGUGCUGCUCUCACUGGCUGCCAGCGCGCUGGUAGCGGGUAGGGACGGUGUCGCCUACACCCCGGGCGCCGCCGCCGCCGCCCCCGGCGCCCCUGCCGCCGACGCCGGCGCCGGCACGCCCAGCUCGGUACCCGCCUCCGAUGGCGCUGAGCCACCGGCGCCGCGGCCGCCUCUCAACUGGCGCAAUCUCUGCAAGAUCAGUGACGGCUGGGUGGACUGCUGGCGCGUGCCGGUACUCUCCAUGCAGAUCGGCUACCUGUACCACCCAGUGCCGCCGUUCGGACCCUCGCCGCAGGCCAACAUACCGACGCCGGACAAGGAGGCCAUCCUGCUGUCGCCGCUGCGCGCCCCCAAGCGGAAACUCUCGCCGCUAGAUGUCGGCACGCCCGUCACGCGGGACGACUUUUGUCCGGACAGCCUGGCGCCGGACAAGAUCCGCGUCGACCUCGAGGUCGGCCCGUCCGAGCUCCUUCUCUACGGAACGCUCGUCGACAACAUCAUCAACUUCAAGGACAACAUAUUCGGCGUGUACGAGGCGUUCACGGACAUGGCGAGCGUGCGGGGAGGCCUGCCACCGGCCAGCGACUCGGCCGCGUCCGACCACACCAGCGGCCGGCUCGAGCCGUUCGACCCGCGCAAGUUCCGGCCCUUCCAGGUCACGGUGGCCGUCACCAUGCACGACAUCCGGGGCCACUUGAUCAAGAACUGCGCGCCGGGCGACCCGCCGUGUCCCACGCUGACGCUGGAGCGGCUCGGCUUCGAGAUGACCAAGUCGUUCUGGGAGACGCGGCUGCAGCUGCUGCUGUCGCCGGUGGUGGCCGUGGUGCAGGACACGGUGGUGCGCGCCGAGCCGCACCAGCACCUGCGCGAGGGCCAUCUGGUGCUCAGUGGUCUGCAGGUGCGUGGCCACGCCAUGUUCAGCAACCACGGCAGGCGCGUGGAGCAAGACACGGUCGAGUACGGCUGGCUGCUGGAGGUGCAGGCCGGCACCGUCACCGGACGGCUGACGGCGGCGCAGGUGUACCAGACGGUGACUGGCCUGGAGACGUUCCUGCAGCUGCUGACCGAGCCGGAGGCCGAGCUGCCGCCGCCGCCGGCCACGCAGCUCUGCCACCACAACCUGGACCAGCAGCUGUGCGAGCAUACCUCGCCGGAGACCAGGUGUCCAUCGAGUGAUGAGAUCAAGUACAAAAUGUUCCGUCUCAGUCUGGAUGCUUUGGACCUGCAUAUGGUCGAAUGCGGGACAUCGUUAAAUCUGCAGAUAUCCCCCUGCCGUGUGUCCACCUGCAACCUGUACGGCGAGCACAUCCGGCGGGGCGUGACGGUGCUGGUUCCUAUGAUCGAGCUCUACAACUUCAUCUCGGCCAACAUGGCGUUUGUUGGCGCUAGUGACGCGCCGCCGAUGUGGGUGGAGGCGGGUGCGGUGCGCUUGGGCCCAGUUAUCGUCGACCUGGCGUUGAGCGAGGACGACAGACGGAACGAGCUGCAGGCAGCCCAGCACCGGUUCCUGCGCUUCCACGACGAGCACAAGCGUCGUCUGUGGUUCCUCUGGGAGGAGGACGAAGAAGAGGAGGAGGAGGAGCAGAACGCCGGCGCCGGUGCCCGCUGUGGCUGCGUCGGCGGUUGCGCCUUCUUCGGCCGCAACGGCAAUGGUGCACGCUUCUUCCACCCGAGCAAGGAGGACGAGGCAGACGGUCGCAACAGGGCUGAGUACAGGGUGAGCGACUCGGCCGAUGACCUGGGGUACGGCCAGUCGCUGCUGCACGAAGGCCGUCUGAUGUUCGACCUGGCGCCGGCCAGCCCGCCGGUGGUGCCGUGCCCGUGGGCGCGGGAGCCGCCGGCGCCGGCCGCGUCCGACCGGCUGACGCCGCCUCAGCACGAGUUCGCCGCCCACAGCCCGCCCGGCGGCCGAGACGAGGUGGACACGGCCACGCGCCACCUCGAGCAGUCCGAGUUUUCGGAGCUGUACUUCUCGGCGGACGACGACGGGCUCUCGUCGCUGCCCACCUUUCAGACGCCGCCGUCGACCCUGCAGCGCGACGGCAGCUCGGAGCCGGACCGGUGUCGUUCGACGCGCUGCACUCGUCCUCAGUCGGGCUCGAACAUCAGCUCGGGCUCGUUCCUGUCGGCGGCGUCGGCGGCCUCGGGCGAGGAGGCGCUGCUGCCGGACCUGAGCACGGUGGACCUGGUGGCGCAGGUGGACCGGCCCAUCACCGACAGCCCGCUGCUCAUGGCCAGCUACAUCUACCACCUGGACCAGGUGAUUAGGGCUGCUGGGAUAGGGACGGCGGGAGAAACAACAAGGCGGUCGCACCACAUCUGGCGCAAGGGUCUUGCGAAUCCGGACGGUGACACGCUGCUGGCCGGCCGGCUGUACGCGCCCGCCUUCCGGCGCGUGACGCGCGGCUUCUCGCAUAUACGGCUGUCGGCGUCGGCGGCGUCGGCGGGCAACGGGCAGCAGUCCCGCGAGCCUCAGCUCUGGGAUUGCUGGGAGAACGAGCGGGGGGAGCCGGCCGGCCUGGUGGGCAGCCACAGCCACCGAGGUGCGGCACACACCACGCUCGUGGUCCGCCUGAACGAAGACACCAACCUGGCCGUCUCGCCCAUCAUGCUGGAGUCCCUGUCCAGGUUGGUGCAGACUCUGGUGCCGGCGCUGGCACGCAUGCACCCGCAAACGGUGGUGGGGCGUCACCGGCGCUCGGCCGUCGCCUCCGUGCUGGCCGCCAACCAGCUGAAGCGAGACCCGCACGUGCGGCUGAGCCUGCGCCGCGAGUCGUCGCUGCGCCGCCAGCCGGUCAUCCUGGAGCAGGCGCAGCACAGCCAGCUGCAGGCCUAUGUCUUCGUGCCGAAGGUCAACAUCACCCUCCUGCAGGCGUCCAUCACAGAGGAGCGGAUCUCGUUCUCGGCACUGGACGACGUGCGGGACCUGACGUGCGUCAGCCUGGCGGCGCUGAGCGUGCAGCGGCUCUCGCUGCGCCUGCUGCACCACCGGCGCACGCACCGCUCGCUGCACGUGCUGGCGCGCCACCAGCAGACCAGCGCCGCCCAGAAGCCGGCCAAGAAGAAGGCCAAGGACGUACAGGUGACGUACGAGCCGUCGCUGGUGGAGACGGUGGACGCCGACUCCCAGGAGACGGUCAUAUCGGUGGAGGUGGGCCGCUCGCACUGUCAGCUGCGCCGGCUCAAGAACGACAGUCAGCUGCUCAGCAGCGCCGUGAUCACGUCCAUCCCAGGCCGACAAGGGCAAGGUGUUCUUCACGUACGCCGACGUGCCGGCCUCGGCGGACAGCGAGUUUGGCCAGCCGAGCCUCGACACGGUCCAGGACGACACGGCCAGCUUCGGAGAGCAGAAGCUAGGCUUCAACAUGCUGGAGGUGGGCGUGGAGCAGCUGGAGCUGCGCACGGUGCUGAAGAAGGGCGGCGCGGCGGGGGCAGCGAGGGCAAGGACCGCACGGCCGCGCUCAACGUGGACGUGCGGGCCGUGUGGUGCAACUGCGCUGCGCCGCCCAAGACGGCCGUGAUGCGCAAGACGGACUACACCAGGUCGGACUGGAACAUGCUGAGCACCUCCUCGCCGUCCAUCAACGCGUGGCUGAACCCGGCCAACCGGCUGGCGGCGGCCGGCCAGCAGAUGGCGUCGGCGCACACCCGCCGCCAGCUGGCCGUCAUGGCCUGCCUGAUGACGGACGCGCUCGACCACCCCAACAUACACGCCACGGCCAAGAGCAAGUACUCGUGCGUGACGUCGGUGGCGCAGACGCUGCAGGAGGACCCGAGCUGCCAGCUGUGCAGCGUGCUGGCGCGCUACAUCCAGCAGACGCCGCUGACCGAUCUGGAGACGGAGCUGCGGGUCCGCUUCCUGCCUGAGACGACCACGCUCAAGCAGGGCGUGCUGGUGCUGAGCCGACAGUGGAAGAACGUGUUGUGGAUGCCGUUCCUGCUGGGUCACAAGUUCAAGGACCCGCCGGCCGUGCCGACGUUCAUGCACCAGCCAGCCUCCAGGCGAACUUCUGCUGAGGCGGAGGUGCCAAUGACAGACGACAACGACAUUGACGAGCGCACCUGUCUGUUGGACUUACCCCUGCUGUCCGGCAAAGCGCCGCGCUCCUCGUCGCCGGUCUCGGAGCCGGUGAGCCCGCUGUCGCCGGUGGCCGAGCCGCGCCCGGCGCUGGCGGCUUCGCACGCCAGCCGGCGCACGAGAGCAACCAGAGCCUGUGCAGUCAACGCGCCGGCACGCCGUCACACUCGAGCCUCGAGCCGCUCCAGGCCAGCCAGCACGGGUCGCUGCAGCGCAAGCCCACCGUCGACAGCUGCGAGGACCUGUACAGCUGGAUGGCGCGGCAGCAGGCCAGCAACGGCGCCGACCGCUGCCGGAUGCCGCUCUCACAGAUCAGGGACCUGGCCAGCACAACAGCCACCUCUGAGCACCAGCCGCUGCUCAGCGUCAGCAGCUGACGAGGACGCCGAGCUCUCCUCCCAGCCGCUGCCCACCUCCGGCCUGCAGGUGCUCGAGGCGCACCAGAUCUUCGAGCCGCUACUGGCCUCCGCCGGCGUGCUGAGCGAGGUGCUGGGCGGCGAGACGAUCCUGCGCCAGCUGGGCAGCUCCGUCAACCUGGUGGCCGGCCUGCAGUCGCUGCGCAUCGACAUAUCGGAGAGCAACAACGGCUCUAAGCCGCGGCGAGUGCGGCCGCAGGCGCAGCUGUCGGACGAGCCGGCGUUCAGUCUGAGCGCCGCCCGGGUGGAGCUUGACCUGCGGCACGUGGCCGACACGGCCGUCGGCGAGUGGAUCCAGCGGCAGCCGCACGCCUUCGUCACGCGCCGCCAGCUCAAGCGGCACACGCAGGCCGUGGUCAACUUCACCGUCUGCGCCGACACGCUGUCGCUGAAGGUGAACAUGCCGCUGCUUCGCCUUAUGAACCAGCUGGGCAGCAUCUACUGGAACGCGCGCGAGAUGCAGGUGGGCCUGCGGACCGAGCGUCUGCGCAAGGCCGGCAGUCGGCGCCGUCGCGGCAAGAACGACUCAUCCUCGGGGUCGGAGGUGCCGGACCUGAAGUCACCCGAGCUGCAUGAUGACCCGCUGGCCGUGCCGCUGUCGGCCGGCGGCCACAGCGGCUCCGACGGCUCCCUCUUCCGCUUCCCGCCGGCCGCGCUGCCGCCGCGCAGCGGACCGGAGUCGGCCGGCGAGUCAGGUCAGAGCCCGAUGGAGCCGGGCCAGUCCCCGUCGCUGGAGCGGCCCGAGGAGCGGCCCGAGACGCCCCGCUGCUGGCGCACCGUCUACUACCUGCUCAAGCUGUACGCCAUCGUGCCCGAGACCAAGACCGUGCGCAACAGCUGCCGCCUGGCCACGAUCCACGAGCACUCCCCGGACCCGUACCGCGGCACCGGGCGCUAUGAGGUGCUGCGGGAGGCGCCGGCCGAUGAGGCGGGCCCGCCACCGGGCGAGCCGGCCGGCCAGCCGCCGCCCACCGCCCGACGCACCACCGAACAGCGCCUCUCGAGCCGCGAGCUGACGCCGCUGCUGCUGUUCGGCGUGGCCAAGGUGCGGCGCACGCUGGUGGAGGCGUCUCUGAGUGGGCUGCGGCUGGAGGCGGAGGUGCGCGAGGUGCAGGCCUCGAUCAGCGGCCGCCACUACAGCAGGGCCGGCCGGCGCGGCCACCAGACCUCGCUCACAGGCCACCUGGGCGCCGUCCAGGUGGCGCUGCAGGAGCAGCUGCCGCGCGCCUCCCAGACGGUGGUCAGCAUGACGAUGGGCAAGUCGCAAUGUCUGUACUCAACCGAGGCGCAGAACCGGCGCCUGCGCGAGCGCAAUUCAGCUCUGGUGACCAUCGGCACCAUCACCAUCGACAUCCCGCAGCACCCGGUGGCGCUGCACGGCAUGGUGACGCGCAGCAGCGCCCACCUCUCCAGCACGCUCAAGGAGCUGCGUCACAGCCGGUCGGGCCGCCUGGUGCGGGCCAGCACGUUCACCAUCGAGGACCUGGACACGCCGCCGUCGCAGCUGGGCCGGCACCGGGAGCGGGCGGCGCGCGACGCCAGCGAGGAGCCGGCGCCCGCCGAGCGGCUCAUCCACCCGCUGGCGGUGCACUUCAGCGUCGUGCUGCAGAGCCUGUCGAUCACGGCGGCGCUGCUGCCGUCGCUGCAGGCCCAGUACAAGAUGGACACGGUCACCAGCAUGGGCGUCACCGGCCCGCAGGCCAAGUUCACCAUCGACCUGGCGCGGCACGACCUCAGCUUCCGCACCAAGGUGGUGGAGGCGCAGAACCUGCCGUCGUCCGCCUCUGUGGCGCUGCCGCAGGUGCACAUAUCGGCGGACUACAUGCAGCAGGAGGCGGAGCCGGCGCCGGUGCCGGACGGCGUGGAGGUCUGUCCGGGCAGCUACUUCAGCACGGAGGCCGAGAUCGGCGCCCUGGAGCACACGCUCUCCACCGACCUGCUCAACCACCUGGUCUUCGUCCAGAAGGUCUUCAUGAUGGAGGUGAAUGACGUGGUGCAGAAGAUGGCCGGCCUGGACAAGUUCAAGUCGUCGCUGCUGGGCGAGGAGGAGGCGGCAGAGCGGCCGGCGGCGCCCUCCAAGCGGCCGGUGCUGUACAGCCUGCGGCUCACCUUCCGCGGCAUACAGAUCACGGCCACCACGCCCACCAACUACGCCGUCCGCCUGGAGACGGGGCUGACGGAGCUGCAGCUCAGCAACAGGUACCAGCGGGUGGGCGCCGACCAGUGCCGGACGGUGCCGCUCUCCCGGCUGUACGGGCGCGCCGAGCUGCGCGUCAACGUCAGCCUGGGCCAGGUCAUCCGAAACGUCGUGUUCGAGGAGGCCGACGCCGAGUUCCACCAGUACGCCUACUUCAAGACGAAAAUAGGCCUGAGCAACACGUUCCACGACGGCGGCCCGGUGGCGGCGUCCGAGCCGGACAAGGAGGUGGUGCGCAUCGCUCUGCGCCGCCCGCUCGUGUACGUGCAGCCCAUGGCCGUCGACAAGGCCAUCCUCGUCUGGCUCAACUACCGCAACGCGUACGACUACUGGAGCGAGCAGCGGCGCACGCUCAACAAGGAGGUGCUGACGGCCACCCAGCAGGUGCUCGACAAGGUGCCGCACAUCAGCCACAUCAACGUGACCACGCUGCGCUCGACGCUGUUCCUUCAGGUCACCGUGGACGACCUGGGCAUCUGCCUGCCCAUCAACACGCACUCGCCGACGGGCCCCGGCCAGAUGGUGACGGACGCCGACUCGCGCGAUGCGCUCGUCAUCACGCUGGAGGAGACGGCCGUGUCGGCCAUGACGUGCGACUCGCUCAUCUGCAGCGGACGCUUCACCGGCUUCUGUCUGCGGUUCGCGCAGGACUUCGAAACCAGCCUGGACGACUGGAAGCCCGACACGACAGACCCGGCCAUCAUGAACCUGUGCGUCGUCUCGGAGGGCACGUACGAGGUGUGCAGUCGCACGGUCGGCAUCAACCUGGCCGCAGAGAACGCCAAGUGGGUGCUGAACGUCUCGUGGCAGAUGGAGGGCGUCGACAUCAACGUCGACAUCAACAUCGGGCGGCACCUGUCGGCGCUGGCCAACACGCUCACCACCUUCACCGACGUCGACGACGAGGAGGAGGAGGGCCGCCUCGACAUAUCGGAGGUGGACGGGCCCGUCAGCUGCCAGCAGCCCUUGCUGACCCGUCGCCGCACCGUGUCGUCCACGGAGCACCUGCACUCGGACCUGCUGCUGGACAUCAGCGACCCGCGCAAGCGCGCCAAGCUGCUGGAGAACAGGAUGAACGAACAGGCCAAGGUGGUGCAUAACCUGAUGCUGCACGGCGCCUCCAGCAAGAUCCUGGAGGAGGAGACACGCAAGCUGGAGGCCUUCGAGUCGGUGGUGUUUAAGGACUUCCGGCGGGACAUGAUGAAGCGGCUGCGGCGCCAGAGCAUCCGGGCCGGCACGAUGGCAAGCAAGGGCUCGGCACCGCCGCCCGGCCGCAGCCGGUCCGUGCACGGCCGCCGUGUCACGCGCUCACUGAACACGCCCGCCGACCUGCGAGACGGUAUCACCGCCGACCAGACCAGCAGCGAGGAGAGCGUGCUGCUGGAGAGGGACGAGCCGGUGCCGCCGCGCGUGACCUUCAGCGACACCCAGGUCCUGCUGAGCCGACACGCAUCCAUCGACGAGUCGGACGAGCCGGACCAGCCGGGACCGUGGAGCCGCCGGCCACCGCCGCCGCCGCCGCCUCGCGCCGCGGCCAGCCCCAGCAGCCCAGCCGCCAGCAGCGGCUCGCCCUCGCCCGUGGUCGAGGUCGAGGUCAACAGCGUGCCGAUCAGUCCCAGUGAGGUAGACGACGUGGAGCUGCGUCGGCCGGAGUCGGCCGCCUCCGUCUCCGCCUCGCCCACGACGCCCAAACAGCAGCCGGUGGAGCCCAACAUCCACUUCGAACUGGACGUCAAGGUGUUCGUGAGCUCGGGCCGCUGCGCGCUGCACACGCGCGACCCCGCCCACCUGCGAGCCGACUCGGACGACGUCGGCCGCGACCCGAAGAGGCGGGGUCGGCAACACUCUGGCUUCUCGGACGAGAGUACGCCGUCGUCGUCGCGUCGUCGCGGCGGCAUGCUCCACAGCAGCUCCAUGACCAGAUUGAAGAAGGUGGCGCCCUCGCUGUCGGCCUCCAUCGCCGACCUCACCAUCUUCCACAUACCCGGUCUGGACGUCAAGCUACACUACGACUCGAAGAUGGUGAGCGAGCCGACGCCGCCGCUGCGCCAGCCGCCGUUCAGUCCGCUCUCGCCCCAGCCGCCAGCGGGCGGCCCGGCGGCCGGCCGUCGGCAGCCGCUCUCCAAGCGCGCCAGCCUGUUCGUCUGGGUGACGCUGCAGAGCAUCCCGACCGAGACGGUUGUGUCGCCGCACAUCCUCGACUUCCUGGACCAGCUGUUCGAGCUGCUGCCGAUGACGCGUGGUCUCAGCGUGCUGCCGCCCUCGCCCGAGGCGCUGGACGCCGACCCGCUGGCCGCCCAGCCGGGCAGCUACGCCGGCUCCUUCCCGGUCGACGUCAUCGUCUUCUUCCACAUGCAGCCGUCGACGUUUCGCUUCUCGUGCCUGCCCGUGUCCAAGGUGGAGUGUCUGCUACGACUGCCGAGCCUGGAUCUGGUGUUCUCCUCCAAACGCUCCGAUCUGGAGCUCACGGAGCCGGCGGCGGGGCGGCGGCGCGGUGCCCGCUCGGCCCGCGAGCCGGCCGACGCGCCCGCCGGCGGCCUCAGCGUCACCGGAGUGCUGGCCGACUUCUCGCUGUACGUGUUCCACCCGUACGGCAACAAGUACUCGGGCAAGGACCACGUGACCAGCCCGCUCAACGACACCGACCGCAAGGACUCGCUCAGCGUCCGGGUCGAGUUCGUGCAGUUUAUCGUGUCGCGCUCGCGCAAGCUGGACCUGGACAGCAGCGGCACGGACGCCGGCAGGGCCAUCGUACGCUUCUCGACCGUGAUCGACCUGGGCUCGGCGUCGUUCAAGUACGACAUGCGGCGCCUGACGGAGAUCCUGGCCUUCCCCAAGGCCUGGUACCGGCGCACCAUCGUCCGCAGGAUGUUUCUCGGUGAUCUGGGCGACACGACGAUCGCGGCGGACGUGGCGCGGUCCAGCUCACCGGAGCGGCAGCCCGCGGCCGACGGCAGCGCCGGCUCGCAGCUGACGCCGGCUCGCUCGCCCAUCGGUAGCGGCGCCGAGGUCCGGCCGCGGCCCAGCAAACUGCACGUGUUGCAGAGGCGGCUGAGUCUGGACCCCGUGCUACCGCCGACCGGAAACUCUGUGAACGUGCCGUCCUCCUGGGAGACGCUCGUGCUCUUCGCCGUCAACUUCACCAAGCUGAACGUCCACAUGAACAUGGGCAACGUCAUGGGAAACGUCACGUGGCAAACGAACGGCUUCACGUCGGAGGGACGGCUCUCGAUCGGCAGCACCGGCCACAAGAACAUGUUCAUCUCGCUGGGCCUGGGCGGCUCCUCGCUCGAGGCCAAAGGCGGCAUCGUCGGCGGCAACGUCGAGGUCGGCAAGAUCGACACCUACCUGCGCAUCCUGGAGGACCCGGGCGUGGAGCCCAGCCACACGGUGGGGCUGCGGCUGCAGACGUUGGAGCUGCGGCUCGACUACAUGGGCACGUCGGUGCUGAUGGGGCGCGUGUCGGCGCUGGACGCCACGCUGCGAGACGAGUGGCGAAUCACAGCCCAGAUGGCCGACAACGAGGCCGAGGGCACUAAGAGGCCCGCCAUGAUCUUCAUCCACACGGAGGUGUCCUGGGACCAGAUGCAGCUCAUGAUCUCCAAGUCGACAACCACCGACCUGAUCAAGAUGUACAGCAAGCUGGAGGAGUUCUUCCUACAGCAGUUCCAGAGCUCACGCCGCGUGCUAAUCGGUCUGAACGAGCGGCCGAGCUCGUCCAAGUCGGCCAGUCUGCGCCGCCGCACUACCAAACACCGCCGCCUUACCGAGGUGCUGCAGGAGACGGCCCAACAGCAGAGCGACACGCGCCACCACCGGCACUGGCACGACGCGCUGCGCCUGGUGGCCGGGCUCAAGCUGAAGACGUUCAUGACGCGCCUGCCGCCCUCGGGCACCGUGCUGGGCGGCACCAUCGAGAUGCGCGGCCAGACGAUCUCUCUCGCCUGCUUCCACGGCCUCAACUUCAAGUCGAAGAGCUGGGCGCUCUUCAGCCUGCGCGAGCCCAACAUCUCGUUCUCGACCGAGAGCCAGGAGAUCGAGACCGGAGUGCCGCCGGACGUGCACGUGGUGGAGACGCUGUCGAUCAGCCUGGGCCUGCUGUCGCACCAGCCGACGGCGCGCCACGUCAGCAUGGCCACCGUGUGCCGCGUCACGCGCACCAUCCUGUUCCCUCCGCAGUUCCGAACUAUGCAGGAGUGGUUCCACUACACGUUCAGCACGAGCGAGCUGGACGAGGUGGACCGGUUCCCGAGCCUGGAGCGGCCGGCGGUGGACGGCGCCGGCAGCGGGGAGCGGCGCCAGUCGCGCUCCGGCCAGGCCAGCCCGCCGCCGCAGACGCCCCGGCUGCACGACCACAACCACACGGCCGAGAUCGUGUUCGCCCUGCCACCCAUGCAGAUGCAUCUGAAGACGGAGCACACGCAGACGGGCGCCGAGCCCGACAUGGCCGCUCCCAAGCCGGUGGUGGUGUGCAGCUUCGUGACCGAGUUUGAGGACCACAUCUUCGUGACGACGGACGCCGAGAACUUUUUCUUUCUGCACGACCUGAUCGACACGUACAUCAGCCGCCAGCCGGACGGUGCCGGCCGCUCUCGCGCCUCCGACAAACAGCCCUCCAAGAACCGGCCCGACCCGACACCGUCGGUGCCGGCGAUGGCGGCGGCGGCGAACGGAGUGGCCGCCGCCGCCCGGCCGAGCGCCUCGCUCACCGCGUCCGACGGCGAGCACAAGGUCAAUGACCCCACACAGAUGCUGCAGCAGGACUGGCGCGAGUUCGAGUGUCGCACCUGGCACCUGGAGCCCACCGUCAGGCUGUUGUCAUGGGCGGGGCGUCGCAUCGAGCCGUACGGCGUGGACUUCAUCCUGAACAAGCUGGGCUUUCGGCACGCGCGCAGCACCAUCCCCAAGUGGCUUCAGCGCGGCUCGAUGGACCCGCUGGACAAGGUGCUGGCCGUGCUGGUGGAGAAGACGGUGCAGGUGACGCGCGAGGGCCACUGAUGCGGCGGCGCGCGGAACCGCGGGGCGUCCCUCUUCGCCCCGCCCGACCCGCCAGCCGCACCUGGAGGAGGGCGUGGCGGGGCGGAGCCUCGGUCUGGCCCAUCGUUUAUCGCAAGACGUGCAGAUCUCUAGAGCACAAAAGCAUCGAGGACUGACGGACGUGGGGUGGUGAGGCGGUGUCGUUGACUGUGAACGAUCGAGAUUAGUGUUGUCGUUGUGAGCCGCGCGGUGCGGUUUUGACACAAACGCAGCUGUGAAGUGAUAUUGGAGGAUAUUUAAUACGUGUAUUGUGAUCACUCGGAUUUUGUUGUUCUCAUGUCCGCGACUGCUUUCUAAACUCACGCGGCACCUUACCAUAACGCUUGAUUCGUUAGAGUGAGGUUGUGACGGCGUUGCUGACCGGCGCCAGCGGGUGUGGUGAUCUUUAUACGAGAUGGCCGCAGUCCAGCGUCGGCCGGCGGUUACUUGAGUCGCCGCUGCGCCGCCCGGCGCGAGGACGGCUGUGACGCGGCUCUCCCUCGCGGGGCGGGAUGUCCCGCCUGUCUGUCCGUUUGUCGGGGGGCAGCGUGUCAGCUAGCCAUUGUGUCGUUCAGUGUAUCGGCGUGGGUGCCGCGAUCUCCGCCAGCAGAAGACGGCCCGCGCCGCCGCGUCGCCGCUGCAGCUACACAUCAUCCCUUCCAAUAGUGUUGUGACGUCACGCGAUCGGCUGGCGCGACACAGGCGCGGCGGGUGUGCUGUCUGUUACGUAACUGCUGGGGUGCGAUUUUGUCCGGUCGAGCAGCUGAUAUUGGAUGUCUAGUCCCAGUAUUGAAGACACUGGCCGGAAUGUUGCCUACAGAAGCUUUACUACUCCGUGCUCGCCGCGCGGGCGACCCGUGAGCGAUGCCCUGGGCGAUGCACGGUAACAAAUCGCGUCUGUGCGCCUCCUCGCCACACGGUAGUCUGUGCCACGCAACCAUCGCGGGUCAGUAGGGGUCGCAUGCAAUGUAACAAACGGUGUGGCGGGAAAAUGUAUUAAUAUAUA